CUGCCCCCCCUUCCCCUGCAGAUCUUUCCGGACCCGUCAGACUUCGACCGCAGCUGCAAACUGAAGGACAGGCUGCCGUCCAUCGUGGUGGAGCCGACAGAGGGCGAGGUGGAGAGCGGGGAGCUGCGCUGGCCCCCGGAGGAGUUCCUGGUCAGCGAAGUGGAGGAGGAAGAGGAGGAGGAGGAAGAAGAGGACCUCGAGGAGCAGAGCGGACAGCCGGGACCGGACUCGCAGCAUUAGGGGCGCCCGGCGGGCCGGCGGGCCGGCGGGGGUGGGGGCGGCUACACACAUGCACAGACUUGUCAUGAUCACCGUCCGGAGGCACUGGAGGGCGGGACUUACUGCACAAAGCUAAACUGACACUUUGGAGAACGGCGACUCGCCCAGCAUCUCCAGAGACACAGCACAGCAUCGCUUUAAGGCUCUGCGUUAGGGUGCUGUCCAUGGGGCUCAUAGGGGCCUUCAUCAUUACCCCCCCCCCCCUCCCCCAUGCACGCAGGCACGCGCCCGCCCACACACGCACACGCUCUGCCCCAUAAUCCCACGGCUACUGUGUCUCAUGACCACGGAUCGCCAGUGCAACGGCCCUGCAACACAGGCAGGGACUGUCGGCAGUCACAUGACUGUCACAUGACUGUCACAUGACAUCAGAGCAACGGACUGGGCCGGACAUUCAAUGCUGUGGUGGCGUACAUGGGGAAAUGUAUUAUUUUUCUUUUCUGUUUUUUUUCCCCGUAUCUUCAUACUGCAUAUGUGUUUGAAUCGAAUUACUGUCAUUGUUUUAUGGAUUCCAGAGCCAGUUCAUAAGUUUAUUGUUCGUGUUCGGCGUGGAUGGGGGUGGGCAUUCUUGUUUUUGCACGGUUGUGACUGUGGUGUGAGAGAUGGUCCUAACCAGUUAAGGGUAUUAAGAGGACAUUGCAUGGUGAAUCGUACCAUCACCACGCCGCGGCAGACCUCUGGACUGGCCUGUCAUCAGCUGGUCCAUCUGUGACUGAGCAGUGCAUCGUUGGCCCUUACGUGCCCGAUACCACGCAUAGUUUCCCGAUGGGUUCAUGUUUUCCUGACGUGUAAUUCUCCCACGAGCGAUAUGGGUAGAGAGAGAGAAAAAAUAAGCCAAACAAAUGUCAACCACGACAUCGUAGGGCGAGGGCAGCCUGUUGGCACAGAGCCGCUCCCUUACGCCGUCGCUGGGCAGUCUGCCUCCUGAUGCCAUGCAGCUAUACGAUGCAGCUCUUCAGCAAUGUCACCGUCAUCGCCGUGCUCCUCAGCCGUGUCCUCAGCUGAAGUCAGCGAGGUCAGUCUCCACUGACACCGGGUUCAAGUCGCAUUAAAAUAAACACGAGGGGGUGGAAUUUUACUGCUUUUUAUUUUUGCAUCCCUCCUCGCGACUUGAUUUACUGGGUUGGAAAGGGGUGGCAGGUGCAGGAAAUCAAGCCAGGGUCCAGUUAAAUGCAGCCAGAGAUCUGAAAGGAUCAGGCCAGUUUUAAUGGCGCAGCCAGACAUUUGAGAGGAGCGGGCUGGUGCGAACGCCUUUUUCCCCAUUGCAAAAAAAGAGAGAUGGUUGAUGGAAGAUGAUUGGACAGAUGGUCUGUGAGGGUCCCAUGGCUUCAGGAGGAUGGGGGGGUUAGAUUAAGGAAUGUAAUGAGAUGUGAUGCUCGUGCAUCUCCUUGCAUUUGUGGUUCCUUUCACGUACUGAAUAUGAUUUGUGUCUCUUGAGCAUACAGCUCCUGCAUUUCUCCAAAACAAACCUCAGUCCUCCUCACUGUCCACUCCUCUCUCUCUCUCUCUCUCUCUCUCUCUUUCUCUCUCUGCUCCCACACGUAGUCUCAUCUUUCUCUUUGAUUCUGUAAAGCUCAGGGAGAUUCAGCAAGUUUUUUUUUCUCCUUUUUUGUUUUUGUACUUAGACCUCAUUCUCUGUCCUGAGUGCAGAGGUUGUAAAUAAACAUUUUUAAAGUGCGUU